UUACACGAUAGGCUUGCUUGGAUCACAGUUGUUGCUUCGAAUAAUAUAAACAUAGGAUUCAUAUCAUGUGGUAAUGGCAACUUGUCUCACUGAAAGCAACACAGAAAGUAGCGAGUCACGUGUCAAACACAUACAUUGAACGGCUGUUGUAAGGGAACUUGGGACAAAUGCGCACCAAUGCAUUCACUUUUUUUCUCGAUUCUCCAAGGUAGCCACUGGACAUGCAUGUCAGCCGCUAUGCAUCAUAUAGCCCAAGCGCUCAUAGAGCAACAAAUGCCCUCUUGCAGUCGAGGGAUAUUAAGUUCAAUAUGAAAGGUUAUCUCCGAAGAUGGGGUAGCUCAGUUACAGCGCAGCCAUCACCAAUAUCAUCUAGUCAGACUAUAUUCUCUGGGAUCCAACCAACUGGUGUGCCGCACUUGGGGAAUUAUCUGGGCGCUUUGCGUGAAUGGGUCAGGCUACAAGAUAAUGCUCCCGAGGGGUCGAGAUUGUUUUACUCCAUCGUCGACUUGCAUGCCUUAACUGUACCACAAGAUAGUUGUCAGUUGAAGAAGUGGCGGAGGGAGGCGUUUGCAACACUGCUCGCUGUAGGCUUGAAUCCCGAUCGCUCAACCAUUUUUUACCAGUCGGCUGUUCCUGCUCAUACUGAAUUAUAUUGGAUCCUGAGUACGGUAGCUUCUAUGGGAUACCUAUCACGGAUGACUCAAUGGAAGAGCAAGUUGCAACUGCCAGAAAGCACAAGCCUGGAGCAUUCAGCUGCCAGGUCUAAGCUACGGCUUGGCUUAUUUUCUUACCCUGUAUUACAGGCAGCGGACAUCUUAGUACACAGGGCUACUCAUGUUCCUGUUGGGGAGGAUCAAAGACAGCAUCUUGAGUUUUCUAGGUAUACUGCUAAUAGUUUUAACUACCUCUACGGCCAUAUAUUCCCGUCUCCAGAGGCACUCAUCUCACCUGCGAAGCGAGUUAUGUCUCUCAAAGAGCCCACUUUGAAAAUGUCUAAGUCGCAUGCCGACAGCCGGUCGAGGAUCCUCCUCACUGAUUCACCUGAUGAUAUUCAUAGGAAAGUUAGAGCCGCUCUAACUGACUCGGACGCAAGCAUAACCUAUGAUCCUGUUCAUCGGCCGGGCGUGUCUAACCUUAUAGAAAUUCUAAGUCAUCUCGACGGAAGAUCCUGCGACGACUUAUCUUUGGAGUACAAAUCGGCGAGCCUUCGGGCUCUGAAAGAAGACCUGGCAAGUCGAAUCUCGGGUCACCUGCAAGGAAUAAGAGAGCGAUACUAUUCGCUCAUAGAAGACAACUCUGGUUAUCUGGAUACUGUCUCAGAGCAAGGGGCCCAGGCUGCACGUGCAAAUGCCGAUGUGACUAUGAAACAGAUUAGAAAAGCCAUGGGGCUGUGAGGGCUAUUCAUCCUUCCCGUCAGGGCUUCCAUGACUAUACAUGGCCUUUGCUAUCCCCUAUGAGCAGUGAAUGGUCCCGAUCAAGGCGAUAGAGCCAGCGUUUGCGUAUACGUAUAUAUCAUGUAUCUAUCCUGUAUUACUAGUAUAAUUUCUUCAGACUAUCCCUAACCUUACAUGGUAGUAAUUCGGCCAUAUAAAAGUGAAAGUCGGAGUGGCCUCCCUAUGUAUAGUAAUAGUGGAUUCACUAUCACUUGACGUACAUUUUGUGUCAAAACUGCCCCCAGGUAUUUGUUGCCCAAGUUAGGCAACAUAAUAACAUGCGUGGCACUUGUUGAAUGACAAUACAAAAAUUACAUCUCGAUUUCAGAAUUCCAGUAGAAAGAGACCUUGGCUCGUUAAUAUCUUGGGGGUGGUAUGUUGCCUGAUUUGUUGUAAAGUUUAUCUGAACGUCCCGAGACCUCCGAUAACACAGAGUUGGGCUGACUCCCGAGCCAGCCGAUUUCCCGGCAAUGCCGCAAACUGUACUCCGUACUCCGUACUUCGUACCAGAAACCCCUACAUCAGUCGUCUGGCUUUCUCUUAAGCCUGUGCCUGAAACAUGUUACACGAUAGGAGAAGGCCAUAUACCUAAGAAUAACUAAUAGUACCUAUUAUAUAAGCCUAGUCAGUUUACGUAGGUACCGUUAGAGAAUUUUCGAUAUUG